UUAAAAAUCAUCUUCGGAAGAGAUGAAAGAAAUUGAUUCUAACGACAGCACCUGGGACAACCAGACCAUGGGGUCAGAAGCAAACGCUGAUGAUUCGGACACGAUUCUCAAACAAAGUCCCCCGAUCAUUGCUGUCUUCGUGAUCGGCUACCUGUCGGUGUUUGUCGUGUGCAUUGUCGGGAACCUGUUGGUCAUCUAUGUGGUGAUGAAGAUCCCGCGGAUGCGGACGGUCACCAACUACUUCAUCUUGAACUUGGCGACGAGUGACCUCCUGGUGGCCGUGUUCUGUAUCCCCUUCACGCUGGUCGAUAACAUCAUCAAAGGCUGGCCAUUUGGAGAGUUUAUGUGCAGAUUGUCUCCUGCUGCGGCCACCAUCAGCGUCGCUGCCUCAGUCUUCACACUGGUAGCUAUCGCACUAGACCGGUACUAUGCUGUUCUCUAUCCAACGGUGAGCAAGUUCACAGUCAGGAGCACCAUCUGGACCAUCCGACUCAUCUGGUUCCUCGCCAUCAUCAUGGGCAUCCCCGUCAUGGUCAUCAUGGGUCCGCCGGCAGAAGAAGACAACCCCAGCGGGGCACAGAUGUGCAUAGAGCGGUGGCCUACGGAGGACUACCGGCGAGCCUUCACCGUCAGCCUGCUCCUCGUGUGCUUCCUCCUGCCGCUCAGCAUCAUCGGGUACCUCUACGUCCGCAUCGGCUACAGAAUCUGGUUCAACAUGUCUCCCGGGCAGACCAAGGCGUCGCACGACGCUCGCACGUCCGUCACCAAGCGGAAGACGAAGGUCAUCAAGAUGCUUCUGGUGGUCGUGGUGCUGUUCACUCUGACGUGGCUGCCUCUGCAUGUCGUCAUGAUGCUAAGCGACUUCGGAAGGCUGAGCAAGAGUCAGGAGCAGGUCGUGUGGUUCUACGUGUUCCCCGUGGCGAACUGGCUGUCGUACCUCCACAGCGCCAUCGACCCGCUGGUUUACGGCUACUACAACCGCGCCGUCAGGUCAGAGUUCAAGAGCAUGCGGACGCGCAGCAUGCAGAGCUCCAUCGCCAUGACGUCGUUCAGCGAAGGUCGCACCAGGAUGUCCACGAUCGGCCGGUCCACUCGCCGGGCUGCCGAGCACACGUCCACACCGUCCGAGCUGCUCAGAGAUUAA